AUGGAAAAAGUCGUGGUGCUAGUCUCGGACGAAGAUAUCCGGCAGAUCUUCACUGAAGCUCUCGGAUUGAUUAACUCGAAAGCACCAGAGAUCUUUCACGUGGAGGAUUACCGAGGAUGCGAAAACUCCGACGUGAUGUGCGUGGGGGUGGAGGACGCAUGGAUGGUGGAGGGGAUCUCCCGAGCCAUCCAUACUCUCUAUAUCGUCGACGGGGGAACUUCUGCUGUAGCACGAAAUCGGAUUGGCCUCUGGAUGGAGAUGGAAAGAAAAGGCCUCCUCCUUCAUCGCCCUUUAACGUCUUCCAAAGUCCUUGAAUCCCUCUCCGAUGAUAACUGGAGGGCAUUGAAUGAAAAAUACCUCUUUUUAAAGAUCCCUAAGGAUACGGGGACGGAUGAAGAUGCAAGGAGAGAGGCUUCUUCUCCAGAAGGUAAUUCCAAACCAGUAGCCUGUCUCACGAUCGCCAUCAUUUCUAUUUGA